UGCUAAACACAUUGUGGACCUUUUUUCCAAAGUUAUGUGUAGAUGUUGUAUCUAAAAAUAAACAACAUACUGGGCGCAGAUGCUCAUAGGCACGUUGUAUUAUACAAUUUAAAAUUUUUAUUUAAAAUUACUUAACACUGGCUGCAAGACCGCACGGCUUAUUAAGUUACUAGAAAUGUCUAGUGAGGAUCGUAUCAGAUCCAUGCUGUCAGACCUGGGCAAAGCAACACUACGAGGAGUUAAAAAGUGCCCCAAGUGUGGAACGUUCACUGGAUCACGUGGACUAUCUUGUAAAAAUAAGUACUGCGACGUCAUCUUCAAAGAGUCUGGAGACAGGUGUAAAAUAUCAACCAAGGCAUGCAAGUUGAUAACAAAUUCCAUAGCGCAGAUAUUUUCUGUGAGAAUUCGCGGUAAGGGUCCAGAUUACAGGGGAUUCGUUCAAUUGCCGGUCGUCAAUGCAACUGUCCAGAGUGAUAUGACGACAGUUAUCACUCAGACAUCCUCACUGUGCUUUGUCGACAGCUGUCAGAAGAGUUUUGAUACUGGAGUACUUCAGUGCCAUGAAGAAGACAAUGAUAAGGACAAGGACUUGACCUCUUCAAUGUGCCAGCACGUUCAGGCUGCUUACAAAUGUUACUCCGAAGCCCAGUCUUUGCCUCUUAAAAACUCAAUACUGUCGUCACUUAAAGUAAGCAAUGAUAUGAAACAGAAAAUUUGGUUACUGGCUACUAAAUCUGUUGGGCCACUGGUGCAGAGGAUAUCUAAAAAUAUAAUGGCUGUUAAGUGUAAGGCAUCUCCUAAACAACCGCUUGGUUAUUUGCAUAUUGUAUUUUAUUCAAAUAAAGUUAAAGAUAAAACGGAGCAUAAAUAUUUUUGCGAGUGUCCUGAUUCUGCCGACUCGAAGUCAGAUAAAAAUAAAGAGAAAUCAGCUUCGGAGUCUAAAACAGAUGAAAAUAAAAGUGAUAAAAGAUGUGCGCAUUUUUACGCAUGUAUUUGUGCCUUUGCAAGCGACCCAAAAUUAUCUGAAGAAUUUGAUUACUACAUACAUAUCGAUAAAAAUGAGUCUGAUGAACUUAGACAGCAAGAGAAAGAACAAGAGCAAGAGCAAGAGAUAGAGCUGCAGAAACAACUAGAACAUGAGAAGCAGCAGCCGAAUUUAAAUUUGCAGCACGAAGCAGACAAAAUGAGUGAAAUGGAUUUUAUUAACAAAAUCGUGACAGACUUUGGGCCAUUGGACGACCAUCACUUAUUUAUAUUACAUGAUGAUACAUUUAAUGAAACGCAAACGUUUGAUGGCGGAAGGCUUCCAGAUAUAGAUUCUAUACCAAUCGAUCUAAAUAUACUUCCGGAUGGUAUAGGUGAAGAAAUAAAUACCAACAGUGCAUAUAUAUUGCCUAAUAAUAUUGAUCAAGUGAUCGAUACAAAUUUAGGAGAUUCAACUUUUGCGGAUUUACAUACAGUAAAUAUUGUCGAUCAAUCGAUAAAUAGCGGGAAAUUCACAAUAAAUCAUGAUGCAAGUGGAUAUUUAUUUAAUGAUGAAUUUACAGGACAAUCAUAUCCUGUCGAUCAAAAUAUUAUUGUCGAAAAUUUAAUAAAUGAUACUAAAAAUACUGACAGUACAAUAAUAAACAGUAAUAGUAAUAAUAGUAAUAUUAAAAUAGUUAACGAUGUGGCAUUGGCUAAAGAUAAAUUGAUUUCAAUGAAACGUAAAUAUGAAGAUAAAUUAGAUAAAUCGUCCUCGGAUAUCGGUACUAUUAACUCAAUAGUAAGUGAUAAUGAUAGUAGUAAAACAAAUGUACAAAAUGCUAAAGCUAGUCAAUUAAACGGGAUAAAAAGAGCUCGGAGAAAUCCGUGGAUAAUAAAGAGGCGUAAUAACAACCAGAAUAAAAAUAAUGACGACUACAGUGAGAAUAUUAAUGAGAGCAAUAUCAAUAUAUCGUUUACUAAAUGGCUCGCAUCGAUAACUGAAAGGAUAAACCAGACUAUGCACUUUCAGUUCAACGGCAAGCCGGACCCGUUGGUCUUUCACGUUCCCCAGGUGUUUUUUAAUUGCUUGCGCGAGCGGAUUUCUUUUGGCAGCAAAAAAAAACGUCUGCCAAACUCUAUCACUGCGUUCGUUAGAAAAGAUCGCGUACCUCUGGGUACUUUUACUAAAUACACAUGGAUAAUAACGAAUAUAUUUCAUGUAAAAAGUAUAUUUGAAACUCCAAUUAUUCCAUUAGAAAUAACCAGAAGUUUUAUACAAAAUUCAGAUGGAACUUACGAAUUAUAUAAAAGACAGGAAACGGAUAUUGAUCAUAAUUUUAAAAAAACAGACAGAAAUGCCUUGAUUCAACCCUUGGAAUUGAAAACAUUUUUGAAAGUUGGAUAUACGUCACCGAAUCAACGUGAGCCAACACCAUUUAUAAUUGAAUGGAUACCUGAUUUACUACCGGUUUCAAAAAUAGGAGAGAUGAGAAUAAGAUUUGAAUUUGAUCAUAAAAAAAAUGAUCCGACUGAUCGUCAACGAAUGAAAGCAACUUUAUAAAUAUUUUAUUUAAUUAUUUAAAUUUACUAAAGUACAAGUACUAUUUACUUAUAAGAAAAUUAUAAAAUUUACUUUUCAAGUACCAGUUUAACUUAUUCAAGUACUUUGAAAUCAGUCAUUAGUUUAUAAAUAUGGAGUUAUUUUAUUUCCAUGACGUUAUUUAUUUUUAAAUACUCCAUUAU